AUGUCACAGAGUCAAAGUCAAUAUUCUAAUUUUGUCCCAUCAUUAUAUAAUAGGAAUACAGAGACUCUUGGUUACUUGACCCUAUUACGGAAUACUACUACAUCUUCCGGUAGCCAGAAUCAAUAUCUUAUCGAUACCCUUGAGCCUUACAGCAAGCCAGACUUUCUCUGCCUAGUUGACCCUCCACUAAUCCCUGACUCACUUCUAUGCGAUUUGAACCGAAGUAGCGAUGUCUGGCAAGAAUACAAUCAGGUUGCAUUAAUCAAGAACGGAAUACCUAAGGUUAUAUGUAAGCGAUGCGGUACAAUUCUAGAGCAUCUAAUGAAUAGUCUUCUGAUAAAGAAAGGUUACCAAGGGACUUCUACAAUAAAGAAGUAUUUAGGUACUACAAACUGUAUCCAGGCAGGGCAGGGCAAAGGAGGCUUAGGGAUUUCUCGGUUUUUAAAAACAAAGGAGGAGGAACUACUUCAGUUUACUACUAUCAACCGACUACCGAUACAACUUUUCGAAGCUCCCAAGCUUAGCAAGAUUAUCCGUAUUGCCCGUUCAGCACCCUCUGAGCCCUUAAUACCCUCUGCUAAAACAAUACGUCGCCGCUUACACUCUAUUCAAUCGGCCCUCCGAACCCUUCCUCCUAAUACUAAGCUUUUGCUUACACUUAACUGCUGGACGUCACCCUAUAAUCAGGCAUUUAUAGCAAUAACUGCUUACUUUAUAUACCAAGAGGUGUUGCUUAGAUUUAAGCUAGUGCAUGGCGUACACAGCGGUUCUAACCUGAGCCAAAUUACUGAGCAGUAUUCUGCUGCAGCAAAAAAGAAUACCCAGAACUACAGUAUUACAGCAACACUCAAUAAGAUUCGAUAUCUGGCUAUAUACGUUAAUGCCAGUCCUCAACGUCGUAAGACCUUUCUUCAACUCCAACCAAAAGAACCUCGACUAGUACCUGUUCAAGAUGUUAAGACCCGUUAG